AUGGGUUUUGGGGAGAAAUGGAUCAAAUGGAUAAAAUAUUGCAUCUCCACUGUUAGAUUCUUUAUUCUUAUUAAUGGAUCUCCUGAAGGAUUCUUUCCUGCACACAGAGGUUUAAGACAAGGAGACCCUUUGUCUCCUUUUCUGUUCAUAUUAGCAAUGGAAGGUCUUAACAAUAUGGUUAAGACAGCAAGAAGUCAGGGUUGGAUCAAAGGUUUUGAGGAGCAACUGAGGUUCUUGAGAAUUAUCUUGGUACUAUUUGAAGGCAUUUCAGGACUGCACAUCAAUUGGAGAAAAAGCCACUUGUUCCCCAUCAAUAAAGUUCCUGAAAUGGAGCAUCUGGCACUGAUCUUGGGUGGAGAAGUAGGAAGCCUACCUGCAAUUUACCUUGGUAUGCCCUUGGGAGCAAAGUCAAAAUCUAAGCUGAUUUGGAAUUCUGUUAUUGAAAAAUGUGAAAAGAAGCUGGCUAGAUGGAAAUUCCAAUAUUUGUCUUUGGGUGGUAGACUCACCUUGAUCAACUCAGACUUAGAUUCUCUUCCAACAUACAUGAUGUCCCUCUUUCCCAUUCCUGCAGGGGUUACUGAGAGACUUGAUAGACUUAGAAGAUCCUUUCUUUGGCAAGGAAAUAAAGAAAAAAGAGGUAUAGCUUGGACAAUGCCUAGUAAGAUUACUGAAGUGCUUUUUAGCUGGGAUGAAGCUGGAGCUGGAGCAAGAGACAGAGAUAGAUGGAGGACUGUCCCAGCAUGUAUUUGGUGGACAAUCUCGAAAAAAGGAAUUCUAGAUGUUUUAAGGACAGUAGCAACUCAGUACAGAAGAUCAAACUAA